AGAUAUGUAAAAAUGCUUACAUGCUAGAUUUUAUUAUUUUUGUGGAAGUAUUUACUAGAAGUUGGUGGAAGUUUCGAUCAACUUCCGAGAUCUUAUUAAUUAAGCUUUCCCUAAAAAGCAAAUAGCCGUAUCUCCCGCGUUUGCCAGUAAAAAACGACCAUAAGAUGACUCAGAGAACCUUAAUAUAGAAACCACCAAAUAAGGGAAAAUCUUCUGGUUAUCCGUUGACUUACAACUUUUACAUCCAAUAAUCAUCCGCCAUGUUUAAUAGCCAUAUGUAGAAAUAGACAGGAAAGAAAAAAAAGAGCUCCUUGUGCUCAAAGAAAGAGGACACAUCUUGAGAUUUUUAUUUUUUUUCAUUACGUUACCCUUCUCUUCUAUUCGCGACCCAUAACACAAUACGAACCAAGAAAAUAACAAAAGAAGUAGAGAAAAGCCUUUUGAUUUUCUCCUGAAACAUUUUGGAAAGAACAUAUCGUUUUACAAGUUGUAGCCAGGAGCGGAGUUACAGAUCUUCGAAAUCUAUAUGAUUCCGUUCCUUUGGUAAUAGGGUUUUAUCUUCUCCCAUAACAAUUUAGGUAUGCAUUUGCAAGUUGAAGCUGACCUCACCAAUGAAGGGUCUAUUAAAAGGAUUGAGGUACAUUGCUCGCAUCUUCGAGGAUGAUAAGGAACCAGAGAUGCAGAUUGGAAAACCGACAGAUGUGAAACAUGUUGCUCAUAUAGGAUGGGAAGGGCCCUCUGCUACGACCCCAAGCUGGAUGCAUGAUUAUAAGUCUCCGACGGCUGAGGCUAAAGGAAGUUCCAACAAGAAACCCAGGGAGAAGCAAAGGAACAAGGGGAGGCGUAAAGCAUCCACAGGCACAAAUAACUCACCUGCAGAGUCUCCAUCAAGGGUAGGAGGUUCAACAAGGCCAUCAAGACGUAGCACGGGUAAACAGAGAGAGCAGAGCACGGGUUCAGGGUCGGAGUCAGGUUCAGGGUUAGACUUACCUCAACAGAAUGAUCAGUCUGUGGGACAGAAACAGUCGAGGCAGAAGAAGUCAAAAGGAACAACAGGAGGAGGAGGAGGAUCGUCUAUUGGGCCUGCAAAGACAAAAGAAACAGAUAGGUCCGUUCGUGCGGUUAUUCCUCCUGUCGGAGGUCUUGAAAGUUCUACAGGAAGAUGAGAGAUGAGAAAAUGGGAGUUUUUUUCUUCAAGUUUAGACUAUAGUGGUGGUUUUGUUUUUCUUCUCAUAAUCUACCCACUUUUGUCUUUUCAGUCCAUCUUUUUGGAGAUGUCUUUGCAUAACAAGACCAGUUUUUUAUCAAACCGAUUUACGUCGAGAGAGAACUCAUUGGUGAUUAUGAAUAAGAAAUGUCUAACAUAUGCUUUGCUUAAUGACUUCGGUCAAAUAUAUACUCCAACAACCUUUGUAUUGUGUUCUUAGGUUGUAUUUAGCUAUUUGAUUAGUAUAGACUUGAGUCUGACUUCUAUGAGAUUUCGGUUGUUUGUUGCAUUAUGAUUUUUUUUUCCUAGUAAACGUAACCACAGCUUUUAAUAUAUUAAACCAAACUUA